AGAGAGAGAGAGAGAGAGAGAGACAGAGAGAGAGAGACAGAGAGACAGAGAGAUAGAGAGGGAGAGAGAGAGAGAAAGAGAGGGAGAAAGAGAGGGAGGGAUAGAGCUGGCUAAAUGAGUGUAGACCUCUCUAGCUGAUCGGGGAGGUGGUUUUGCUACUUAGCCCGUCAUGUGAUUGCCCUGGGCUUGUUAUCCUUCGGUUUUUCUUAUUAUUUUUUUGUUUGUUGUUAACUUGAUUUUCAGAAGCAGCCUACCUACCAGCGCAGAGAAGGCAAGUAAGAAUAGGACUUGUAAUCAAAUACCGGUGGUGCGUUUUUUUAGUAGGGUAGGCUGGGGGUUUCUGCAGGGUGGUGGACCCGAACACAAGCUUCCUGUGGAGACUCACUACCAUCUAGCAGAGACGACAGCGGGAACACCUUUAAUACUUGUUUGGAGACGUCCAGAGAAGGAGUUCUCUCUCUUCACCUGGGUCGUUACCGCUGGUUCUUCUUUUCAGUCCUUCUACAAAGAAGAGGAUUUCAAGGAAUAUAAUAUAUGCCACAGAUUAAAAGGUCUCAAAUGCUCGGUUAACAAUGGGAUCUACGAACCACUGAAGAGCCUCUGACAAAGGAACAAGGGAAACAAGAGGAGCGGGGAGGAGAAAAGGAGAGAGAGAAAUCAAAGGAGAGGGGACUCUCAGAGAGAGAGAGAGAGAAGGAGCCCCUAUUGAAAAGAAAAGCGGAGGUUGGGUCGGGUAGGAUCAGCUUUGUGUCUGUCGGUGUGUGGUUGGGUUGCAUGCUGUCCUCUCCAGGGGACAUCCUCCUUUGUGUGAGAGAUAGUUAACAAAAGACAAAGAAUGCCCAAUAAACAGAGAGGAGAGUGUCGAGCGACGGAGGAGGCUAGAGCGUGGAUGCCUGGUCUGGGGAGCUUAGCCUUGGGUUGCAGGGCUAGUGUGUUGCUGCUACUGGCUCUCAUGGUAACUCUGGCUCAAGGGGCCUGGCCACUGGAUCAAUCCCAGGGACAGGUGGAGGUGCUGGGGGACAUGAUGGUGGACGGACCCGGGGAGCUGGAGGCCUCCAUGCACUCCUCCAUACUGUCAGACUUCCAGUCGGUGGAGGCCUUGGAUCCGGUGGCGGAUGCAGUUCAGCAGUCUGCAGUAGGAGCAAGGGGAGUGUCAGGAUUCCCUGACUCGUCUGCUGUGGUUGGCCGGGUGUUUCAGAUGAAGGUUCCGGUGAAGACGGACCAUACCAGGAACAUGGUGAAGAUAACUGAGUCAGGUAAGGAGACGUUACCAACAUGGCUGCACUGGGACUGGGAGAGAAACGUCCUACAGGGUCUACCACUGGGUGAGGACAAGGGUGUCCACUAUAUCUCCGUCUCUGCAUCCAAUGGCAGCCAGGAUAUCUUCUCCAUCGAGGUGCACCCAGAGGAACACGCUGACACUGACCCGAUCCAGGUAGCCAUCCAGUCAGCGUCCAACAACUCCAACAACGAGGUAGAGCCAUUCGUCUGUGGCCACGAGGAGCCGGUGACGGUGCUCACAGUGAUUCUGGAUGCCGACCUGACCAAGAUGAGCUCCAGACAGAGGGUGGAGCUGCUGGGCAAGAUGAAGAAGUUCUCUGGCGUGGCGCUGCAGCACAUGAAGAUACUUCCCGUGGUCAACAACAGAUUGUUCGAUAUGUCCGCCUUCAUGGCCGGACCAGGAAAUGCCAAAAAGGUGGUUGAGAACGGAGCCCUGUUAUCCUGGAAGCUGGGCUGUUCCCUGGACCAGAGUAACGUCCCUAAUAUUGGUAGCGUCCAGGCGCCGGCUAAAGCAGGCACUAUGUCGGCUCAGUUGGGAUAUCCGGUCGUCGGUUGGCACAUCGCCAACAAGAAGCCUCAUAUCCCAAAACGGGUGAGGCGCCAGCUCAACAAUACCCCUACUCCUGUUCUAGCUCUGCUUCCCCCAACGUCUGUCGUCGAGCCCCCCGUUCGCAUUGUUCCCACCCUAUCGUCACCUGCCAUUGCUGCCCCCACAGACAGCUCUGCCCCACCCAUGAGAGGACCUGUGCCCUUGCCCAUGAAGCCCACGAUCCGUGUCAGAGACUCUUAUUCCCACACUCCCACUCAGGGUGCACCCCUGCCAACCAGAGUGAUGGAGUCCACUAGUACCAUCUCCAUUGAACCCACCAUGACCAGGCAUACUGUUGUGGAAUCCACGCCGACACUCCCUCCACCCACCACAGUCGCCACCAGAAAGCCAACCAAGAAACCAAAGAGACCGAAGACCACUCCGAUGCCAAGGGAGCCCAAGACCACCACAGCCAAACCAGCCAGGCGCACUACCCCGUCGUCCAUCGUGCCUGACCCAAGAAACGAGAAACCAGAUCUCCGCAACCCCAUCGAUCAGGUCAAUGCCUUCGUUGGCACAUAUUUUGAAGUGAAAAUCCCAUCCGAUACUUUCUUUGACAAGGAGGACGGUACGACAGACAAGUUGAGGUUGACAUUGAGGAUGAACCACAACGAAGUGGUCGGAGAUGAUUCCUGGAUACAGUUUAAUAGCACAAGUCAGCUGCUGUAUGGUCUACCUGACUCGAACCACAUCGGGAAGCACGAGUACUUCAUGCAGGCCACCGAUAAAGGCGGUCUGAAUGCAAUCGAUGCCUUUGAGGUCCGUGUGAACCGCUGGGCUCCCAACGAUAAGUCCCCGGUCUUGUUCCAGGCUCGCUUCCACGGGGAACCUCACCAGGUGACCAACGACAUCCACAAGAAGAUUUUGCUCAUCAAGAAACUGGCGUACUCGUUCGGGGACCGCAACAGCAGCACGGUCACCCUGAGAAACAUCACCAAGGGAUCCAUCAUGGUGGAGUGGACCAACAACAGCCUCCAGCAGAACCCCUGUCCCAAGGAGAAGAUCCAGACCAUGUCCAGGAGGAUCUCUAACGCCCAGGGAAGGCCCUCCCAGACAUUCAUCUCCACCAUGGAGCCUGAAUUCAAACCCAUCGACAUCAAGGUCAAAGGGACAGCCGCCUGCCGGAACUACAUGUUCGUGCCGCCGAGUGAAAUCACCAUUCCUUUACCCCCGGCCGUCACCCCGGCGCUCGGCGCCGGACGCCAGAGCACGGACGACGUCUACCUUCACACGGUCAUCCCUGCGGUAGUGGUGGCGGCCAUCUUGCUGAUCGCCGGCAUCAUCGCCAUGAUCUGCUACCGUAAAAAGCGCAAAGGAAAGCUGACCAUCGAGGACCAGGCUACCUUCAUCAAGAAGGGGGUACCCAUCAUCUUCGCAGACGAGCUUGACGACUCCAAGCCCCCUCCGUCCUCCUCCAUGCCGCUCAUCCUGCAGGAGGAGAAACCCCCACUGCCCCCGCCUGAGUACCCCAACAUGACCAGUCCAGAGACCACCCCCCUGAACCAGGACCUUCUGGGGGAGUACACAGCUCUGAGGGAUGAGGAUCCCAAUGCCCCUCCCUACCAGCCUCCACCCCCUUUCACUGUCCCCAUGGAAGGUAAAGGCUCUCGUCCAAAGAACAUGACCCCCUACAGAUCCCCACCACCUUACGUGCCACCCUAAGGUUAGCUGGCUCUUCCAGAGGAGGAGAGGGGCAGCAGGGGGGACUUGUAACCGUCUCACACCAGUGUUGUCUGUUUGGAAAUAAGGGGUGGGAGGAGGAGGGUAGAGGCUCUGCAAAGUGGCAAUGAACUUCAGACAUUUUGGGUUGCUAGGGUUUUGGGCUGAUCUAAUCAAGGCUGAGUUAAAGUUGAACGAUGGGAGGGAGGGAGAACUAGGUGGUAGCCUCGGCAACAAUAGCCACAACAAUGACACUAUUCAGUCUCUCGUCAUCUCAUUGUUUACAGCUGAACAGCUAGAUUGAGAAGACACGCCCCUCCUGUCCCAGCAGCUUUUUUCUCCAUUUGAAACUAAAUGGCCUUUUCUUUUAUUUUGUGUCUUUUGGUUCUGGUUUUCUUCAGUUUUUGACUUGACUUUAAGAUCAAACUAAUUGCCUUUUUUUAAAUCUUCUUUUAUCUUGAAUAAUACAAGAGGACAAUAAACAAACACACUGCAGACAAAAAGGUUUUUAAUGAUGAGAUAGAGAGUUCUAUGAAUGAAAACAAACACAACAUAAUCAUGUUGAUCUGGGACAGCCAACCCUGCAGACAGUUAAACACAGUGGUUGAUUGAUGUGGCGGUGGCUGUUUGGAUUCAAUAAUGUUUGCCUUUUAACACUAAUUGUAUGUUUUUACCCUUAUUCACACAAUGUCUAGUCAAGAUGAGCAUAACAAGGGUAGCCUAAAAGAAUAAUUAGAAAUUAGUAUUACAUUUUUUUUAAUUAUUUUACUUUAUAUUUUUAAGGUUAGAUUAGAUUAGAUAGGAUUGUUUUGGUGGUGGAGCAGAUCUCCUGACUGAAAUAGCCUGCAGGAUCUCUUUUUCCCCCAAUCAGAAAGGAACGGUACACCGUUCCUGGCCUGGUUAUUACCAGAUGGUUACCCUGGCCUGGUUAUUACCAGAUGGUUACCCUGGCCUGAUUAUGACCAGAUGGGUACCCUGGCCUGGUUAUGACCAGAUGGUUAUGACCAGAUGGGUACCCUGGCCUGGUUAUGACCAGAUGGGUACCCUGGCCUGGUUAUGACCAGAUUUCUUGUUUUUACUUUGCCUGAGUUUCCCAAAGCCACCCAAAAUAAUUCAAGAGAGAAAUAUAACACAAUCCAAUGCCCUUUUCACUAUUCUUGUUUAAAGUGGGUUAAAAUGAGUAUCGUGAUCCGAAUAUGAUCAUAACAUUGACCAUUUGAAUGCCAUUUUGCCUUUAUGGUGAUGCGACAAGUGUCUUCUGUAAAUAACGAUGGAUCGGCCUGUGUAUUUUUAGUCCCAAAAAAAACAACGUUUUGUGUAAAUCAGAUAUGGAAAAAGCCUCCUGCAGUUUAUUUUAGACAAGGGGUAAUUUAUUUUUUUAUGUAGUAAUGAUGCUCUUGUUUUUCACAGUUUAUGCGGUAAAACAGUUUAGGGCCGUUGAGAAUGUCCUGAAUGGGACACAACAUGUAUUCACAAAGGGCAUUGUUGAGAGGAGGGUAGGAGAGUUAGAGAGAGACAGAAAGAAAUGGGAAUAUCCCAAUAACAAGAUUACCAGAAAACACAGAAAAAAAUGGUUGAUUUAAAAUCUCUAUCUAAUUUUUUUACAACGUUUUUUGAUACAGCAUCAAAUUGUAAAACAAAAAAUAUCUAUAAAUACAUGAAUAGUGUACUGCAAUUUGUAAAAUCUUAGAGUAGAGAAUUGAUUCCUUAUUAUAUACCUUUUCUCAUUGGUCACCUAUUUCAAAUGAUUUUUUAAUUUUUUUAUUUUGCCAUAUUGUCGAAUUGAAAUGUACCUCCUGUUAUACAGUCGGAAUGACCCAUUUUAUGUAAUCACACAUUUUAUUUAAUGUUCAGAUUCUUCACUAACGACUUUGAAAGUGACCCUUUGCAAUAAUGUAAGGUGGUGGUGGUGGUGGUCAAUGCAGGUUAGAUGAGUGAUGAUGUACUACACGCAUAAUGAUGAUGAUGUACACGCAUAAUGAUGAUGAUGAUGUACACGCAUAAUGAUGAUGUGCACGCAUAAUGAUGAUGUACACGCAUAAUGAUGAUGUGCACGCAUAAUGAUGAUGUACACGCAUAAUGAUGAUGUACACGCAUAAUGAUGAUGUGCACGCAUAAUGAUGAUGUACACGCAUAAUGAUGAUGCUGAUGUACACGCAUAAUGAUGAUGAUGAUGUACACGCAUAAUGAUGAUGUGCACGCAUAAUGAUGAUGAUGAUGUACACGCAUAAUGAUGAUGUGCACGCAUAAUGAUGAUGAUGAUGUACACGCAUAAUGUUGAUGAUGAUGUGCACGCAUAAUCAAUGAUGAUGUACACGCAUAAUGAUGAUGAUGAUGAUGAUGUGCACGCAUAAUGAUGAUGAUGUACCUACAUAGUUUGUUUUCGCCAGAUACCAAGUGUUGCUUUUUUGAGUGUCCAUUUAUUAUGGAAGCCGACCUCUGUCUCUAUAUCCAGAUAAUUCUCCCUUCUUCACACGUUUGACAUUAUAAUAAUAAUAAUAAUAACAUUCUAAUCCAA